AUGACUGAGGGUACCCAGUUCCAAAACCAAUCUGAAAGCAACCUGAAUAUGUUCCCCCCAGAUAAUAGAAGCGAGCCGUGCUCGACCCAGAACCAUGUUGAGACUUCCCGGUCGCUGGACCCUCGCAACUCUCUAGAGGACUACAACCGUUCGAUGCUCGCAUACACCCAUCGUCAAAUGUCUUCCUUUGUCGAUCAGGACGAUGGAAAUGUUAGCAGCGGCGGCAGCAGCCGAAGCAGUCAAAGCAGCGUCCACAGCGGCACCUCCAACAAUGGCAGCCUGGCUCGUCAGGCUAACGGUCCGCCCCCGACUUCCGCCAGUGCUGCUCAUCAUGCCACUGAGAAAGCCAAACGCAACGCGUCUCGGAAUCCGAACUAA